AAAAGGUUUUAUUCUGUUUUCUAAACCGGGUUUUGAUCAAAUGCCCAAAUGAGCGAAAUUUGAAAUCUGCUCUUCUUUUUCGCAACAUCAAAGAGAGAAAAAUGAGAUCUAAUCUAAAAGCUAUAUACAAUGGCGCACAGGUUGGUUGUUGUUAGUUGUUAGGUAACAACCGCGAAAUUGUUUCUUCUGAAUUCGAUGCAACCCUUUACAUCGAAAUCAAAGCUGCACCUUCAAGCACUUCUUAAAUCUGUUUUACGUAAAAUAAGAAAAAGAUCAAAACGCUCUGCAAAUUGAUCAAUUUUCUCGCACUAAACUCCACAAUUUCAGCUUAGCACACACCUUUAUAAAACAAUUUAAGCAAAAUACGCUCUUUAAUCUCUGAAAAAAUAACGUUUAUGUAUAGAUAAUGUAUUUUGCGACUAUAUUGAAUACACACUCGAGUAAAAAAAAAGUUACCACGUUAAUAAAAUGCAACAGUUUAAUGAUUAAUAAUGACUGCAUUUGAUUUACCAUAUAGAUACUAUUUUAUCGCAACAAUUUUUACAAUUAUUUUAUUCCGGUGGAAAAAUUCCAUUGUUGUCGUUAUUUCAAACCCAGGGGAAAAUUAAUUCGCUCCCUUCAAUUGAGUUCCGCUACAUUCCCUGCUUGUUGAACCUCUCUGUGUAUAUCAGUUAUGUAACCCAUUCUACUGUUCAAUAGAAUCGAAAUCGAAACUUCCUUUUUUUGUAAUCCUUUUUGAUCAAAUGAUUAUUCAUAAUCUCGUUUCUUCGCCCUUCUUUGUAUCAAAGACACUUCAAAUAACAGCAUCGUCGUAACAAUAUCAGCCCGCCCCGUUAUUUCCAUGUUAAGCUAGAAUUUCAAGAAAAAAAAAUCGAUGAGUUUUUGCUCUUUUCAACUGAAUUCCGUGUAGAUUUCUUGCCGAUAUUUAUGUCGUUAUAAAGCUUAUGUUAAUGUGACAUAUGUAAAUUCAAUUUGAUAUAGGUGGCUAACAAUGGUUUAAUCGUUAAAAAAACGACCAGACGAGUUGAAAAGUUGUGUCCUGUUAUUCGAUGUCUGACGAGCCGAGCUCUCCGCUGCCAGAUCAGUUCGGCGACCCAAUUCUCCAACGACGAGUGAAUCGAUUCGGCUGUCACGACAACGAAGACGACGAAGAUGGAGCUCAAGGUUGUCAGUUGUUCGUAUCGUUCGGAAGUCUCAUCUGGCUCUCGUCGUGUCUCGGCACGACAACUCUUCUCGUUGCAACUAUGUUCAGCAAGUCGUGGAUUUCUUCCCCAAAACAGUUCGGACUUCGGGCAGAUGGGUCCAUAGAUGUUCACGUGACCCCUUACAGACAUACUGUGGGGCCAUGGUGGGUGUGUACCAAUUAUGACCUCAUAGUGGUCGAGUUGGAGGAGUGUGACGUCAUACUUGGACGACUGCAGCCGGACAAACUUCCACCCGCCUGGACCCUAUCUGGGACCCUGUUCUUAAUGGCCAGUCUACUGGCUCUGUCCGGAGCAGUAUCUUCCCUGUGUUCCAUGUGUUGUCAGAACUGUCUGUGUGAACACAAGUCGGUGUUCUCAAUCACAGGAAUCAUUUAUGGAUUCGUAGGAAUCUUCUUAGUUGGUGGUUUUGUCAGCUUCGCCCUCGGAUCUUCCCACCCCUCCGUGCAAAGUGACACUUUCUGUGGGCGCGACUCCUUUCUUCUCUUGUCGGGCAAGUGCAGUAUCAGCUGGUCAUUUUACCUUUCUCUACUCACAAUAGUUUUAUGCAUGUCAGCCGCUUUGUUCAGCCCCUUGGUCGAAAAUUCGAUCACGCCUCUGCCUUUUCCCUCGUGCGCUUGCUGUUGCGAGAAACAAGAAGCCUUGAUGCCUUUUCCGACAGCCGAGAGUCUUCGUCUUUUUUACGAUGCUUACCAACCCAGUGAGGCAAAUAUCGAAAUUGUCGAAAAAUUUGGGUUUGAGAAAAACUACCAUAACAGCGGACAUCAGAAUAAAAUAAGAAUGAAAGCUUUGAGUUUGAACGACUACGAGUUUGUGCGAGUACCUCAUCCGACAAAUCAUCACGCCCCGAGUCGGGAUCGAACCGACGUCCAUAUACCAGCAGGGAUGUCAGGAAGUCAAACAUUCACGAGUUUUCACCUGUCUUCAUGUCAAUCAAACGAGGGUAGUCAAAGUCAAAACCAGAGCAAUCAUAAGAAAGCCGCGAGUAUCGAUCAUAUGGUUUAGGGUCAAAAUUUUCUAGAUAAUUUUAUCAAAUUUUAACUCAACAAUUUCAUUUUUG